CAGACUGAACAAUUUGUAGUGCUAUGGCUGUUAUUCAUCGGAAUAGUGGCUGGCAAUUCGGCAGUGCUGGUCACUCUACUAUUGAGCAAGGCACGACGUUCCAGGAUGAAUUUUUUCAUCAUGCAUCUCGCUCUUGCAGAUCUGCUGGUUGGCUUAGUGAGUGUUCUGCCAGAUAUAAUAUGGAGAAUGACAGUCUCAUGGGUAGCAGGUAAUCUUGCCUGCAAAGCUGUCAGAUUUAUGCAGGCAGUUGUUAUCUACUCAUCAACUUACGUGCUGGUGGCACUAAGUAUAGAUAGACUGGACGCCAUUACUAGACCGAUGAACUUCUCUGGAAGCUGGAGGAGAGCGAAAUUGCUGGUUAUAGCUUCAUGGUUGAUCAGCUUUCUCUUUUCAUCUCCAAUCAUGGUCUUAUAUGAGGAGAGAGAAAUACAAGGCAGACUGCAAUGCUGGAUAGAACUGGGAGAGCCUUGGCAAUGGCGUCUAUAUAUGUCACUAGUGACAGUGACUGUAUUCCUGGUGCCAGCCAUAGUGAUAGCUGUAUGCUAUGCUGUCAUAGUGCACACCAUAUGGACUAAGA